GGUCAUUGACUGUUGCUGCUAUAAUUUCAUGUUAGGUUGAAUCUACAUCGAGCUGUUGGUUUCCAUUCGAAGAUCAUAUGGGUGGCUGUUUCCUCCUCCUCCACAUUGCACAAUCUGCAGAUGGUAUCAUCGUUGUAUAUGCCCAUGUUCUGUAGGUGUUUUCUCAGAAGGCAGUGAUCAGUUAGUUUAGCCUCUGAGUUUAGCCCUAUCCAAUUGCAGGGUUGACAGGUGGUGGUUGUUGGUUGUUCCAAUAGUUUUGCAUGUUUGAUGGUUUGGUUGAUGAUAUUUUAGUUGUGUUAUUGCAUGGGACUGCUUUCGCAAGAAAAGGUGCAAAAGAGGUAUGUGGUGGCUUUUGAAGAGAAGUGUGUAUUCCCACUAGAAUCUAAUUACUGAACUGGAGGUUUCACGUUCACUGAAAGUUUCCAAAAUUGCUUGAGGAUGGACCAUGAUACAUAUUUACGACUUCUUUCAAUGGGCACCCUUUUAUCGCUAAAGAAAUAUACUGUUAUGAGGCAAGACCCCCUCCCACGAGAAAGACCAAUUACAACACGGAUAUUCCGUGAGAGGCUCUUAGUUUUAAUUCGGAAAAAGAUUUGAUUUUUGUUCUGGUUUUUUGGGUCUCUCCCUCCCACCGCGGCCUGAAGGAUGCCGCCACACACGUUGAAGAAAUCCAAGGCUUGGUCUGUACAGGAAAUCCCACUCGUUUAUGGCCGCCUUAGGAGGCAUAAAAAUAAUAGGCCAUACUUGAAUUAAUUUUACAAAUGGGCUUCAUUUUCUAAUAAUUCUUUGUAAAAUUUCAGACAUGUUUUAUUCAGGGGAUUAUUUUUAGUCGUACUGAGAAUAUGUUGAUUUGUAAAACUUUAAACUAGUGACUGAAAAAAUGAAUUUUUUUUUAAAUUUGCCGGCUAUAUCGAAAUUUUAAUUUGAGGCUCAGAGGCAACUUUUAUAAACGUUUUGAACCUGUUGACAUAUGAGACAAUCAGCCGGUUUUGAAGUCGUUAUUAAUCGAAUGUGUGUUAUUGUAGAGAAUAAAAUAUAAUUAAGAGAUAUUUUUAUAUUUAAAUGUCAAUAUUUGUACGAGCUUGACUGGAUCAAUCGCUUGGAGAGAUAGAAAGAUGGAGAAUGAUUUUCUUCUGGAAGGUACGUUUGUCUGGGUCUGUGCAGCUUCUGUUCGACUUCAUCUUUGCUUCAUCUCGUUUUAGAUCGGCCCGAUCGCGGAUAAACCUCAUGGGAGCUUUCGUCGUGCUUCUUUCGGUCGCCGGACUGCUGCCUGGCGUCUCCUGUUCGCAGGAUCAGCCGGAAGAAAUUUUCAACGAGCCCAGGAGAAAGGCUUCAGAAUUUUUCAAAGACGUGGUCUUCUCGGCCGCUUCCCCGGAGUUGAGGAAUCCUUGCCCGGGACAAACAAUGGGGAUGGCCGACGACUCUUUCGCCGAUUUGACCGACACGCUGAAAUUGUCUGUUUGCGCCCUGUCGCCUUCCUCUAUUUAUCCUGAAGACUACGGAAGUAAAUAUAAAAACAAGCAGGUCUUUGAUUUUAUAAUAAUCGGAGGAGGAACUGCCGGGAGUGUGAUUGCCUCGAGGCUCUCCGAGGUCGCUGAGUGGAACGUGCUGUUGAUCGAAGCGGGUGGCGACCCCCCGCUCGGGAGCGACGUGCCUUAUUACAGCGUAAACCUGCAGAAUACGGACACCGACUGGGGGUACACGACGGAAAAGGAAGAUGGGCUGUUCGGGGGUUUUUUGAACCAGGUGAACCGCUGGCCCCGCGGCAAAGUCCUGGGUGGCACCAGCACAAUCGGAUCCAUGUACUACCUGCGGGGGUGCCGGCGGGACUACGACGACAUGGUCUCGGACGGCAACCCCGGGUGGUCCUAUCCGGAUGUCCUGCCUUAUUUCAAAAAAAUUGAAGACAUGACGGAUCCGGAGACGAGGGCUGAUCCGCUCUUUGACCUUUACCAUUCCGUCGGAGGACCGAUUACGUUGACUAGGGUCAACGAUUCCGUGCAUAUGAAAAGGGCGAUCGAAAUGAUCCAAUCCGCCGCUUUCGAGCUCGGUUUCGCCGUCAAUUACGAUUUCGACGGGAUACCCAGAGAGGGAUUUAUAUCGCCAAACUACGCCACGCUAUACGAGGGAGAGCGGAUCAAUACUGCAAAAGCUUAUCUGAAUCCCGUGAAAAAAAGAAGAAACCUCCGUAUCAUAAAAAAUGCUCAAGUCGGCAAAAUUCUAAUAUGCCCCAUCUCGAAACGGGCCCACGGCGUAGAGUUUUUUUACAAGAACGAACGGAAGGCGAGGGUGGCGCACGCGAGCCGUGAAGUGAUCGUGUCCGCCGGUGUCGUAGGCAGCCCCAAGCUGCUAAUGCUAUCUGGGAUAGGUCCGGAGGAAGAGCUGAAGAGGCUAGGCAUACCGGUCAUCGAGGAUUUGGACGUUGGGAUGAAUUUACACGACCGUCUCAUGUUCCCGGGGAUCCCGAUCACGAUCGACCCCGCUUUCCCGGAACGCACCUUCCUCGAAAUCCUGGACGAGACGUACGCCUACUUGACCAGGCGUUCCGGGCUGUUCGCGUCGACUAGGAUCGCGGGGACCGUCGGCUACGUGAACACCGACGACGAAGACGAACCCGAUAUCAUGCUUCACUUCAUCCACGGCCCUCUCAGAGACUCGGAGGCGAUUCUGCAUUACUUCAGGGCGAUCGGUGUCGCCGAAUAUCUGUACUCUCAGAUAGAGCGAAUGAACAACGCCAAAGAGAUACUGAUGGUCGUCCCAAUUUUAUUGAGGCCCAAGAGCAGAGGCAGAAUCAUGUUAGAGUCCAUCGCCCCCGACGACUAUCCCUCUUCGCACGCGCACUACUUGAAACAUCCGCAAGACGUGCGCAAUCUGAUCGGAGGAAUCCGCUUCGUCGAGAAGCUGGCGGAAACGGACUCUUUUAAAAAGUAUGGAGCGUACAUCGGCCACUUGCGUUACGAGAUGUGCGAUUCGCUGGAACCGGGCAGCGAGGAAUACUGGAAGUGUGCCCUGAGGCAGAUCGCUUCCACUAACCACGAUCAAGGAGGCACUUGUAAAAUGGGCCCGGCGACCGACUGUUCGGCCGUCGUCGACCCUCUGCUGAGGGUGUACGGGAUCAAAGGGCUGCGGGUGGCGGAUAUGAGUGUGAUGCCCAGGCCGAUGGGCGGUGGCAGCCUGGCCGCGGCCACUCUCAUCGGCGAGAUGGCUUCCGACUUCAUCAAAGAAAAAUGGCUGCCCAACUAUGAACGGUUUAACAUCACCUGCGAUUGAAGACACUUUUUGCCUUUUAAAAGCGUUCUUAUGUACAUAGACAAAAUUAUUAAACAAAGCUCAAAAUAA